AUGGCCAACAGCAGCAGCGCAUCCUCAUCCAUGACCUCCACAUCACAUACGAUGACCGAAUUCCCAGCAGCUUCAAACGUAUCUCUUUCAGCUACCAAAAUCCCCACCAUGGCAUCCCCAAUGGCCAACCUCCUGCAAGCCCUCGCGCCAGAAAAUCGACAUGCAUUUAUUGCACCAACUUCUUUUCUACCAGACGCCAGUCUAGGAUUCGUUAAGGAGACUCUAGAUUCUUUUGCAGGCAAGCUGGGAGAGGAACAGGCGGAGAGGUUAAAGGAGCAGAGGAAAAAGAGGAAGAGGGGGGAUACCGGGAAAGAUGAUGGGGAGGUGUUGAAGAUUCGGAAGAUCUACACUGAAGGCUUUGAGGUUGAGCAAGUUUGGGAACAGGCUAGGAGGGUUAUUGAUGCGCUGAGGGGAGAUGCCGAGCGGGCUCUGGAAGAGAUGGGUGAAUUGGAAGGAGACAGCGAGGAGGAGGCUGAUGAGGGGGUGGAGUUGUUGAAGUUUGAUGAGGAUGGAUUCGAAGUUGGUUCAGAUGAUGAGAGUAUGGAAGAUGGUGGAGAGAAAGACGAUGGAGAGUUGGAUGAGGAUGAGGAGCUAGAAGAAAACGAUCUCGGUGACGAAGAAGAGGACUUUGAAGGUCUUGAGGGAGAGGAAGGUUUCGAUGAAGAAGAGGAGGAGGACGAGGAUGAUACCCCCGCUGGUCUCUAUGUCGAAGACCCGCACAAAUUGAACGAUGGUUUCUUCUCUAUCGACGAAUUCAAUAAGCAGACCGAAUUCCUGGAGCAGCAAGACGCAGCCGCUGAUCCAUAUACUGGAGAGGCAAGUGAUGAAGAAGAUAUCGAUUGGGAUGCCGACCCAUCAGCACUAGUUUCAAAGCCAGUGUCUAGCUCAAAACGAGCUGCAGCAAUGGAUGUGGAAGACGACGAUGAGGAAGAAGAAGAAGAAGACGAAGAGGAUGGACCAACAUUCGGAAAUGUCGAUCUCAACGCCCCGGAAGGCGAUAGCGAUGAUGGCUCAGAAAACGACGAUAUGGACCAAGACCCAGUUGGAGAUAACACCAACAAUAUCCUCUACAAAGACUUCUUCGAGCCUCCCCCGCGGAAAGUUGGCAAAGCCGAAAUGCAAGCCAGCUAUCUCGAAAGACAAGCCAAGCGAGCCGCCCAAACCACCGCACCCGCCGACGAAGAAGCAGGUAUCGAGCGUGCCAUAGCUGAUGUACGUCGUGACCUUUUCGACGAUGAGUCCGACCAGUCAGGCUCAGAAGAAGCCCUCUCCGACGUCGAAGCCGGUGAUCCCAAAUCCCGCAAAUCCGCACACGAGCGACGACAAGCCAAAAUCGCCGAGGAGAUCCGUCGUCUGGAAGCUGCCUCCGUUGCAAAACGAGAAUGGACCCUCGCAGGAGAAGCUCGAGCCGCGGACCGACCUCUCAACUCCCUCUUAGAUGAAGACCUUGAUUUCGAGCGUACGGGAAAACCUGUACUGGAAGUCACAGCCGAGGUCAGCGAGAGCAUUGAAGAGCUCAUCAAGCGGCGAAUUCUCGCCCAGGAAUUCGACGAGGUGAUCCGUCGACGUCCCGAAACCGAGACAGCUACUUCCUCUCGCCGCGGUCUUUUCGAGCUAGACGAUUCAAAACCACAGCAGUCUCUCGCAGAAAUGUACGAGGAAGAACACGUCAAAGCCCACAACCCAGACACCUACGUCUCUAAAUCCGACGAGAAGCUCCGCAAGGAAGAAGCUGAGAUCGAAGGCCUCUGGAAAGACGUCAGCGCCAAACUCGACGCCCUCAGCAGCUGGCACUACAAGCCCAAGCCGGCGGCACCCAGCCUCACAGUCGUCUCGGACGUGGCCACCAUCUCGAUGGAAGACGCACAGCCCACAACAGCAUCUGGUAUCAGUGCUGGUCAGAGCAUGCUCGCACCGCAGGAGAUCUACAAAGCGGGCAAAGACAAGGCGACAAUUGAGAAGGGUGAGAUUGUGCCGAGAACCGGGGCGCCUGUCGCGAGAGAGGAGAUGACGAGAGAGGAGAAGCUGAGGAGACGGAGGAGGGAGAAGGAGAGGAUUAAGAAGAGGGGUGGUGAAGAGAUUGGGCAGAGGCCCGAGAGUAAGAAGACGAAGCAGAAGAGGGAGACGAUUGGCGCGUUGAAGAAGGGUGGUGUUAAGGUUAUUGGGAAUAAAGGUGAGGUAAGGGAUGUGGAUGGGAACAAGGUUAUGGCUGGCGCGGAGGUUAAUGGUGCAGGUGGGUAUAAGUUGUAG